CUUCCGCGCCGCUCUAGAAAGCAGACGACGGGCGGCCGGCGGCGGUCGUCUGCUCGGCUUCCUCUGAAAAGGCUGCGACAGCGGCUCGGCCACGUCUGCUUUCGCGUUUGGUUCGUACCGCGCUCGUUCUUCUGCAUCGACGGUAGCUAACGACAACCUCUUUUCCUCAGCAGACAAGACAGACAGUACACAUCUGGUGCACCCCUGUGCGACGAGCUAUUAUGGCCUAUCACUUUCAGAAACUGUUACUUAGGUUAAUCUUUCACCGCAUCUCUUGACCGUUGGGUCCGCCGCGCUCAUUUCCCUGUGCUUCUCUCGCGUUUCGCUUCGUCGCCAUCUGCUCCCGCAUCACCGCUCGCUCCGCCGUCGUCUGCCUGCGUUGACCGUCGACUCGCCAGCCUCUCGCUGCAGACGACAGCUGUGUGCAACAGGUUGAGCGGUAGCCUUGCCGACAACGCGACGACCGCCUGUGUGAGUGGGUGUUGUCGUUGCUUCUCUUUUCGAGACGGAGACACCGUCUAUGAUGGACCGUAAUCUCGAGAUCGGAGGCGGCGAGAUGAUGAUGGUCACGGACACGCAGAAGCUCGUCCUUCCCCAAAGCACGGAAAGCCUGGUAAAGCCUAUGGGUUACGCCGGCGGCGGCGGCAACGGCAAGUCGGCGCACUACAAGCGCCUGAUGGGGAUGCGGCGGAGCAACUUCCUUCUCGUGCUGCUCGUGCUGAUGCAAAUGAGCUACUUGUGUUUCGGCGCGUUCAUGUUCUGCAGCUUUGAAGGACCGGGAGAGCAGGAACUGAGGCGGCACCUGAAGAUGUUCCGCGCGGCCUUUCUGAGGAACUUCUCUUGCCUCAACGACGAGGCCCUGGAGAGCUUCAUCGUGGAGAUUGUGCGCGCUCACGAGAACCGAGUCUCGCCGGUCAAGAACGUCACCUCGGACCCGAACUGGAGCUUCGGGCACUCGUUCUUCUUCUCCAGCACGAUCAUCACCACGAUCGGCUACGGCAACAUCACGCCACUGUCCACGGGUGGCAAGAUCUUCUGCAUCGUGUAUGGGCUGAUUGGUAUCCCGCUGACCCUGAUCCUGCUGUCGGCUUUCGUCGAGCGACUCCUAAUCCCUGUCACCUACAUGCUGCAGUUUCUCAACUCUCGCCUUGGGCACCUCUACCAGGCAUUCAAUAUCCGUGUCCUCCACCUCUUCAUUGUCGGUCUGUUGGUGGUGAUCUUCUUCUUCCUGGUGCCUGCGGCCAUCUUCUCAUCCCUGGAGCCGGAGUGGGACUAUGUGGACUCACUUUACUACUGCUUCAUAUCUCUCACAACCAUUGGUCUUGGCGAUUUCACACCUGGAGACAGCUAUGAGCAGCCCUACAGGCCUCUCUACAAAGUGGCAGUUGUGGGGUACCUGCUAGUGGGCCUGACAUCUAUGAUGCUUCUGCUCAACGUGCUAUACGACAUUCCGCAGCUCAACGUGGGCGUUUUCUUUCUGCUCAAGAGCGAUGAGAUGACCAAUGACCCUGAGAAAGUGCGCCUACACCACGGUCUCGGACCCAAGUACACGCAGCAGAUAGAUGAGCCUCCGCCACCACAGUUUUACACGGAGGGAAGAAUAAAGAGGACAGGCCUGUGAGCCGCACGGUGUCUGGAGUGGUCUCACUACAUGAAAGGACUUUCCAAGUUUAGGGCACAUUUUGUGAGGGUAAUCUUACUGGGUCGUUCAGAGUAAUGAAAUUGAAAUUCAUUAAAUAAAUGCUGCAAAUGGAAUGUUUAGGGUGUAUUUCGGCAGCAAUGGCCUUAAGGGGAGAGUAAAGGAAGUCAUUACAUUUAAUGAGGUUGGUAGCUUACACGUUUGAAGUGGCAGACAAGGACUCCCAUUUAAGAGCAGCAAGUCAGCUAGCCAGAAAAUGAGGCAAAAAAGCAAAGUAUGUUUGGCGGUGCCAAGCACAAGUACGAGAAGAAAAUUCCCUGCAAUGUCGCACGUAGUUGUAGCCAAGGAUAAUUGUUGGUUAGAGAAACAAGAUUCUCGUAGUGCAAUUUAAAGUAAAACUCAAAUUAACCUCGCAUAUUUUGUGGGCAGUUCUAGAAGCUUUCGGAUCCAUGUAGACUGUGGAAUCUGCAUGACAACGCAUAUGCUGUGGUUUUGGCGAGAGGAAAGUUGAAAAUGGCCAAGCCAGUCUUCAUUUGAACUCCUCUUCACAAAGAAGUCCUUAUUAUCUCAAUUAAUAAACCCAAACUGAUUUUAAAGAGCAACCACGGUGAUAUACCAGUUAUAUUGUAUGUACAUUUUGCUACUAAAUGUUCCUUUAAAGGUCUCUGUAGAGAUUUGCGAAGCAGUCAAGUUGGGCCUCGGAGCUUUCAGAGUUACUUGAGAGACCCUUGUCUAUGUUAUCAAUGCCUUAAAACAUGCACAUGAUUUAAGAGAUCACAAAGGCAGGAUGCCUGCCUUGGUUUGUCAUCAGAGCUUGCAUCCCGAGAUAUGCUGCGUGCCUGCCUUUCGAUUUCAAGGCAAAAUAUGUUUUCUUUUCCUUGCGUUUCCACUGCACAUUAUGUCGCAGCCUUCCUGUUGCUUUACAUCAUUGCUUGCUCGAAAACACCUGCCAGGGGGAAGGACGUGAAACUAGCUCUUAGCAGUAAGGCCUAACUGCAGCAAACAAUAUCGCUACAGAAUUUGCAGCUACGUGUAUUGUCUAUUUUCUUUAAUGCCCCUGUCACGCAGCAGUAGAUAAACAUGAUUCCCUGUCAGGUCAACCUGUCUUGAGUGCUGCUGUCUGGGCUGGCUCGGGCAGGCCACUGCUGUGACAUGCCUAAUACAGCUUGUAAGUGUUUAGUCAGAUAGACCAUAGCACUGCACGUGUUCAUGUCCGAAUGCAAGAACAUAUUGAUUUUUUUCUCGUGGAUUCACUUUUGCUAUAUGACUGGUGUAUUGCUUGUGCCCAUAUAUGUCAAAUUUGUUUGUAAGCAUGACUCAAGGCAUAUAGCCUGUGAUUGUCACGCAAACUCUGUGAUUUGUGGUGGUCCUCUCUCUCUUUCUCUUUCCCCUUCUGCAUGGUGUGAGUGCCACAGCAAAAAAGUAAAACAGAUCUGCCAUCACCUUGUGUCUGAACGGUUGUGUGUUCUGUGUAACUGUUUUAAUGGAUGUCGGUGCACUAAAUUCAUCAGGAGGCUGCCUGUCCUCCAAACCAUCAGCAGUUUCAUACAAUUGCAUUCACACGUGGCAAAAACAAAGACACUGGGUAGUUCUGCGUUGUGUUACACGUUACAGAUAACAUAAAAAGUGAAGCAACAAGAAGACCAUCAUCUGUAACUUCAACCAGUUUGCUGAAGUAAGAAAUGACCCAUUUUUCAGUGAAGCCGUAGUAUGAACUAGAGGAAUCAAAAAGCUAGCUUUAAAUGAUAAUUUGUUUAACUCUGUCUAAUGCAUGUUGUCACUGCUCACCAAAGUUUAAUUAAACCUGGAAUGAUCACUCUCAGUAGUGCUACAUACUGUAUGUUAGCCUGGUUGUUGAUCCUGUAGAUUAUAAACUGCAGCGUAAUAAUGCCACUGUUCCAAUGAGAUGGGUUAAAUUCAAAUGAUCCCAAUUGUUUAGUUAUGGCCUGAACAACCUCAUUAUCAAUAAUUUUCAAACCUGCAUUCACACUUUAUUGUUAGAACUGAGAAAAAAUAUUGGAACGUCUAUUAUGUAAAUUGACACUUGUGCCGAACAUAAUCUCCCAAAUGUACAUAGCUUAUCAACCUUGGCACAAAUAUGUUGUUAAUAUUUGUGUAAGUUGUUUCUAUGCCUCACCUGGUCUCUAAACAGAUGUGGCUGUUCUGACGUACUUAAGAGAAACGUUCAGGUUGGUCAAGAAAUGUCAGUCUGCAGGCCCUUGCACCUAAUUUGAGCUUAAUGCUGAUGAAAUAUAAAAACAUAUUCGAGAAGCUAGCCUUCAGAAAAGAUUCAGCAUCCAAAUUUUGAAUGUCACGUCAGGCAAGAUUAAAGGCAUCAGACAAGCUAUGCCUGUAGUUACAUGUACGACACAACAGAAUGUAAUUAAGUGGGUUGUGUAGAACUUGUUGCUGGGCGAGUUGGUUGGGAUCUAAUGAAUACAUUGUUGCACCAAAAAAGGAAAAUAAUGACUUGGGAGGAAGAGUAUGAAAUGGAAGAUCGAGCGCUCGAUCUUUCGUUUCAUACUCUCCCUCCCAAGUCUUUAUUUUCCUUUUUGGCGCAACGAUGUAUUCAUUAAGUGGGUUGUUAUGGCGGUUCAUUAAGGAACCUGCAGAAUAAGCUUAUUUGGUGAGUGGCUGCGGUGUCACUUGCAGCAAGUCUUCAUUGAAGAGUGAUGAAGCACUGGUGCAAACUUGCAUCCCAAGACCCUUCAAAGAACCUUUACCUUAAGUGUUUGCGCUGACAUGACUAAAUUAUGUACACCAUAGCAACAGGUCUUGCCUCUCCAAGCUUUACACUCGGAGGAACAUUUGUGGAACUGCCCUCUCUUGCCACUCACUUUCACUCGCCACUGCAGUGUGGCCAUCACAAAUUCUUCAGUGUCAGUCACAAUUUUACAAGUGUGGUAGUAGUAGUAGUAGUAGUAGUAGCAGUAGUACCGUCUAAUGUAGAUUUGAUGUCGCUAUGCCAAAGAACCUCAAGGUACUGUGUGGCUAUUUUAGUUUUUAUGCAAGAGUUCGAUGAAAUAAGUUUUUCUUUUUUUUCAUUCACUCACAGACUGCCAUGUUUAAACUGCACCUCACAAUGCUCGAGGUUCACCUGAAAAAUAAAUUGCCCUGAUAAUAGUCCUACACAAAACGGUUGUGGCUUCAGUGGUGUAGCUGCAACUUUUGUAACUGUUCAAGAACUAUUUCGAAGCUAUUUAAUUAGACACACACUUGAUUCACCUGCAAUUGUCAUGAUAGCUUAAGAGAACUCCUUUGCUGGGCCAGUUGGUAUUGAUUCAUUAUACCUAUUCUUAAGGUGCCAAAAAACAACACACAGCACACAAGAGAGGCGCUCUGUCUCGUUGUCCUCUCUCAUGUGCUGUUGUUUUUUGGUGCCUUAUAGGUAUAAUGAGUCAUGACAGCUUACACAACAGCUCUGCUGGACAAUGCCAUGGCUUUCCCACUUCUCAACCCAACUUCCCUUACGAAAGUCACCUUAGCUUCUUCAAAUGUUAGCUGUAGCAUGCCUUGUUAUAUUUGUCUCCUGUGCCGUUUGUUGUGAAACCAGCAUAUCAUUCUGUAACCAUGUGAUAGUGACGUACAUGACGCUGUCCUGCAGUAGCUGGGACAAAUGUAUUCACUUUGAGUUUCUCAAGAACCUUCUGGCUCUGAACACACCAUAUCUCUGUUACAGUUUAAUGCUUUAUUCAUUGUGUGGACAAAGACUAAUAAAAAAAGAAAGUGUGGCCUCGCGUUGAUGAAAGGUGAACCUUCAUUCGAAGUGAUAAUGUGUCUUGUGUAAAGCGUAAUGCACUUUGCUCGUGUCAUGCACACGAUUUAAGAAUUGUAAAACACUGAGAGCUCUGUUGCAUAAAUGUCGAACAUGGUUCCUGAUAAAAUGGUCUAUAUAGAUAUGUGCAUUGUUUGCUCAAGGAAGAGUAUAGUAGUUUUGGUGGCCAGGCACACAAAAAUAUAUUGCUUAUGGCUACCUGUAUCAGGAUGGACAGCAUUACAACAGUAAGAAAAUGAGUGUAAUGCUUGCUACUGUCUCUCCAAGUAUUUACUCACCGUUUUCUUUUCUUUCAUGUGACUUGGGUGAUGUUUGCUGCUUGCUACCAUCACCCUCUUAAAAUAUACUCACUUCACCCAAAUUAAAAUUUAACUGCACUAUACGUCCGAAUACCGCUGUGUGCCAAACACGCGUUUCAGGCUUAUGAUCACCUCCUUUUUUGCUUGAAAAACAAUAGCACUUCUAAGCUGCGCUUUUAAGCACCUAACCAUAAAAUUCCCACGUCCAAGGUUCAACGACACUUUACAUGUGAUACUUCAUAUUGAAAUAUAUAUAUAUAUAUAUAAAGAUAUUAUAUAUUAUACAUAACUAUAAAUGUGUCUAUAUGUACAUAUAAACAUUCAUUGUGGUUGUUUGUUGUGUGCUAUGGUGGCUUACAAGCCAUGCCUGUUUGCUUCUAUAGGACUUUGUAACUGUUAUGGGACAGAGUGAAAAAAGAGGAGCUGAAUAAAGAUGGAAAUGUUUGUGGGUCUUUGUUCAUGAA